CCUCUUCCUCUCCUCUCCUCCUCUCGUCGGUGUGCGCGGGCACGUCUCGCCAAGCACCUUCAGGGAACGUAGCGUGGGACCCACGCGUGAUCUUCUGCCGUGGACCAACACACGCACACUGAUUGUGAGCUGUAGAUCCGCGACACACAACUUAUGAUUACAUUAAAAAAACUACAUCAGGGGUCCGUCCUUCGCUCCUUCUGCCGCGCUUGUCCAUAGCUGCGCGCACCCGGCGCUGGCUCCCGCGGCGGACGCUCCAUCCACACGGGUGCUCCCCUCCCGAGCGCGAGACAGACGCUGCUCGCCUUUCUGCUUGGGAGACGCUGCGCAUGCGCUCUUCGGGUCCGCUGUCUGCGCUCCUACUUCCGGGAAGGUGCGGAAACGCACGGCGCGGCGCUUUCCACUUCUGCGAUGGCUUCGAUGUUCUCCUGCUGCCUGGCGUGUUGCGGUGAGGGAUCGGCCGGGCAUGUCCCUCUGAAGGAAAUGCCCGCAGUUCAGCUAGACACCCACCAUAUGGGUACGGAUGUGGUCAUCGUGAAGAGCGGGAGACGGAUAUGUGGCACAGGCGGUUGCCUUGCCAACGCUCCUCUGCAUCAGAACAAGAGUUACUUCGAGUUUAAGGUGCAGUCAACAGGGGUGUGGGGUGUAGGGGUGGCCACUCAGAAAGCCAACCUGAACCAGAUUCCCCUGGGACGGGACAUCCACAGCCUGGUUCUAAGGCACGAUGGGUCUGUGUUCCACAACAAUGAAGAGAAGAACCGCCUUCCUGCCAAUAGCCUGCCACAGGAGGGGGACAUUGUGGGUGUCACGUAUGACCACGUCGAGAUGAAUUUAUAUUUAAAUGGAAAGAAUAUGCACUGCCCAGCCUCAGGAAUUCGUGGUACAGUUUUCCCUGUGGUAUAUGUGGAUGACAGCGCUAUAAUUGACUGCCAGUUCAGUGACUUCUACCACACACCUCCACAGGGCUUUGAGAAGAUCCUGUUUGAGCAGCAGAUCUUCUGAGCUGUGGACCCUCUUCGCAUGGCCACAUGCAGGCAGUACUGUGUUCUUGUUUUCUUGCUCAGCUGGAUCCAGAGUUCCAUGACCUUUUCAGCAUGUGUCCCUCUGUGUAGUUCAGGGCCGUGCACUGCGACUGUGCAUUGGCUGAAAGUCCAUCAAUAUUGCUUUAAAACACUACACUUGCCUAUGGUUGCCCACCUUUUUGCUGCUGCUACGGUUGAUGUUGCUGUUCUUGCUUUAUUCAAAAGUACUAUCGUCCUUAGCUUCAAACCUCCCCUUGUAGCAUCAUUGAUGUGUGUCUCGUAUUAACAUUACGUUUGUUUAAAUCUGUUUGGGCAUACAGCUAUGGUAACGUAAAUAUUGUAUGUAUGUGUGUAUAUUAUCUAUAUAUACUAUAUAUACAUAAUAUUUGUUUGAUUAUAGAGAAGUUUGUAGUAUCUUUCUUUUGGAAGAUGAAUGUUUUACAUGCUCGUCAUGUUUGGCUACUUGUUUAUUUGUGCUUGUGUACUUGUCCAUCCAGCAUAUUCUCGGUUGCAGGCUAAUUUACACCUCAUUGUGGGGGAGGGGGAUUGAAAAUAUACAAUCCUGGCAUAAGGACUAUAACCAUGCUUUUCAUUUGGUUUUUAACUGAUACAUUCGUCACACAAGUUUUUUCCUGUUAUCCUCAGAGAUUUACUUUUGAAUGAAAUAAUUAACGGGAUGAUCAUUCCCUGGAGGUUGUCACAAAUUAUCAUUUAGUUCUAAUUUGAUAGCUGACAGUUCUUAAAAUUAAGCUUAUUAGUUCUUAAAAUACUGUUAUAUUUUUCGUAUUGCAAGUUAAAAUUAUGACUGGUUUAAGUAUUUGAAAUAAAUGUGGUUUAGGUUUGGUUUCCCUUUUUGUAGUUGCUGAUGUCUCACUAAUCUUUGGAAAGAGAAUCUGAAUGCUACCAAACUUUGUGAAAGUUUGUUUUAUGAUUUAUUCUAUGGAUUCAGGGAGAUUGUUAAACUUAUGGACACUAAAAACAUAAGCUUUAUUUAAAUGUUUGUUAUUUUGCACUGAAAACUUGAGUGAUAUGUUAAACCAAAUCUUUUAUUGUGAUUCUGAACUAAUAAAAAUUGCCUACAGAA